CGAAACAGUAAAGUUUUUAUAGACAAUGACCAGCAGUGAGAACUUUACAGCUCCGGGAGUGGCCCCGGAAGAACAGGCCCAUAACAAUCUGAUGAUGGUGAUAGCCACCUUAACGUGGCUGAUGCUCAGCUGUUUGACUCUCAUCAUUUACUGCUGCAAUUACUGGCAAAUUUUGAGACCGCACUCGCACAGGAACCGAGAAGACUCCGAGCAGCAGCAAGGCAGCCUGCUAUCAGUGUAUGAUUAGCCGGAAAAUGAGGAAAACUCCAUCACAAAGGAGAUGGCCAAAAGGAGAAUGAAGGGGCGAACAGCUGUUGGCGAACAUCCUUGCGCCUUGACACUGGCCAUAUGCCCCGGUGCAGCAGCUUUCAUUUCCAUUUUCCAUUUCCGCUUCCGCUAAGUUAAUUCCACACGACAACAGAAAAACAAAAAUGAAACCCAACAAAAACGGAAAAUUCCAUGUGUUGCUAUUUCCCUUUUUUCGCGUGUCUCCCUUGUGCGCUUCUUGCCGUUUAGUUUACAUUUUCUCCUGCCUUUUCCUUUGCCAAAAAAAUAUUUUAUUUCCCUUGGCUGCCAGGCAACCAACGCAACAAAAGCGAAGGCAACCGUCCUGAGAUAUUUGCAGGCUGAGCUCUCGUUUCUUUGGCUGGCAAAGUGAAAAGCAUCUUUUAUGCAAAUUUAGCAGGUGGGUAGAACAGAGCGGGGGCGUUCUGGCAGACGGGC